GACUCCGGCCAUCUCAUUGACGGGAAAGGAAAAGUACUACAUUAUUACAUUCGGAGAGGAUGGGGGCGAUGACGUAGAUAGUAUCCCCUAACGUGACUAGUGAAAAAGGCAUGCCAUUCGAUUCAAGAAUAAAAAAGCCGAGGGAAGCAAGUCUUCAGAACAAAAAGUUUCCUCUGUGAAGACAAAUGUUUGGCCUCUUUCUCCCGGGGUUGUGUGCAUACAGAGAUCCGAGAAUCGCGUUUUAUGUGUGACCGCACGGAGGGUUGGACAAAUUGAAGGAGCAACAGGAGGCGGCAGAGACGCUUUCCAGAAGAAGCAAGGGGAGAGAGAGAGGGAAGGAGAGAAAGGGGGAGAGAGAGAGACUAUCUCACUCUCCCAGUCGUAGUUGCAACCGGAUCGCAUACAGCGUCUAUUUCGACACUGGAAUAGCAGAACAAUGUCUAGUAAAGCGACUUUAGCCUUACUCAUCUAUGGAAUCAUAAUGCACUACAGUGUCUACUGCUCACCUCUCGGGCUUAACUAUCCUAACCUUAGACUUGAAAAUGAGGUUUAUGACGAGGAUGGGAAUUCGUUACCGGCCUUGGCUUUUGACAGCGAUCAAAUUGCUAUAAGAAGUCCCCCGUCUGUGGCUGACGAUUUGUACACUUUAUACUACCCACCGGAGAAAAGUGGAGGGAGCACCAUGGAAGACGACACAGAGCCUCUGUCAAAGCGACAUUCGGAUGGGAUCUUCACAGAUAGCUACAGCCGCUACCGAAAGCAAAUGGCAGUCAAGAAAUACCUGGCGGCAGUCCUUGGGAAAAGGUAUAGACAGAGAUAUAGAAACAAAGGACGCCGGCUAGCGUAUUUGUAGCGUUGCUAACCCAAACUACCAUGUGUGUACAGCCCAGAUCAAGUCAUUUUGAGAUAACUGAACAAUCAAUCAGUGGAUCGCUCUUGUGUUCUUUAAACAUGUAUUUAUGUAUGAAGUAAAGCCAUUAAAAUGAAUAUUUUGAUAAUAAUAUUGUUUUUCUUUUGUACUUUAGCACUUGAGAACGCACAGAUCUACUUUAUGGACCAAUCUUUUUGUUCAACCUAAAUAUAGCCUAUAUUUAUUUAUUUUUAGACCUACUUAUAAAAUAAGAUUAAAUUAUGAGCAAAUGAUCAAUAUGCUCUUUACCCUGUCUUUUAAACAUUUAAAUAUAUGAAUGUGAGGAAAAUAAAUAGUUUAAAAGACAAUUCAUGUAUUGAAUGUACAUUUUUGGCAACUGAAAUUAAGAGAAUAGUGUCUUUAUUU